AUGGGGUCCGAGCCCCUCCCGAAGGAAGCCCCGGUGGGGGCCGAGACGGGCUCCCCACAGCCCAGCUGCCUGCAGACCACCCGGGCGUCCUCCAGGUCCCACCCAUCGUCGCAGACCGUGCCCCACUGGUGGUCGUGGAGAACCUCCACCCGCCCCGCGCAGCCGUGGGGACCCUCCACCAGCCGCAGCGUCGACGCGUCCUUAUGGAUUGAGGACAAGUCAUUAUGGGUUGGUGACAGGUCAUGGUGGGUUGGGGAGAGGUCAUGGUGGGUUAGGGACAGGUCAUUAUGGGUUGGGGACAGGUCAUGGUGGGUUUGGGACAGGUCCUUAUGGAUUGAGGACAAGUCAUUAUGGGUUGGUGACAGGUCAUGGUGGGUUGGGGAGAGGUCAUG